CUUUCAUCGAUAAAACUUUGUACGUUCAACAAAUGUGGCUGGUUUGCCCCUCGCUAUAGCAACAGUUCAAACAAUCACCUCGAUGCCAUUCAAUCAGCUGAUCACAGUGACUUAAGUCCUUAAAUCAAUUAAAAGUCAGCUUAAAAGGUUUAAAAAUUGCGAGAAACCUAUAGUAGUAUGUCCGAUACGGAGGGUGAGGCUGAAAACAUUCCGGAGGACACCGAAACCGAGGAAGGUACAACUACUUACGGCACCAGCGAAUAUUUAGGCGAAGAAGAAGAAACAGACGAGGGCAGCGUCUACGAUCCGGAUGAUUUUAUUUCCGGACCGAGCCUAAGCGAAAAUGGCACUUUGGGACUGGAUAUAUUAGAAUUCGAUCACUCUCACGGAUACGACUGUCGCAAGUUUUUCAACCUGACCGUACUGGACGAAAACUCUCUGGUGUUCUCUUCUGGAAAUUUCAUUAAUUUCUUUGACGUUCCCAAGAGGGAAAUCACUUUUAGGAGGAGCGCUUUGGGGGGCGGAAUCGGACAUAUCAGGAAAAAUGGAAACCCGAUCUAUCCGUACUUUGCUGUAGCAGAAUGUGGGACAAAUCCGAUCAUAAUAAUGUACGUUUGGCCCUCCUUGGAUAUUGUGUGCGUAUUAAGGGAGGGAGCCGAAAGAACUUUUACUAAUAUGGAUUUUAAUCCAGAUGGUGACUUGUUGGUUUCCCAAAGUGGUGAACCUGAUUAUUUGAUAACAGUAUGGGACUGGCGGAACCAUUCGAUUUUACUCAGAACAAAGUCCUAUGUGAACGACGUUUUCAGGGUGAAAUUUUCCCCAUAUGUUGCCGGAGAGAUCACUACUUGUGGAAUUGCCCACAUCAAAUUCUGGAAAAUGGCCUCCACAUUUACCGGCUUGAAGCUGAAGGGUGAACUGGGACGUUUUGGCAAAACCGAAUACUCGGAUAUUUUGGGUGUGUUGCCUAUGCCCGAUGCCAAAGUGGUAUCUGGUUGUUCGUGGGGCAACAUCCUCGUAUGGGACGACGGUCUCAUUACCUUUGAAGUAUUCAGAUCACUGAGAAGAAAAUGCCACGACGCCCCAAUAGUUCAAUUUAAUUAUUUAGAAGGGGAACUGUGGACGGUGUCCAUGGACGGUCACGUAAAAGUGUGGUGGUUUGAAAAAAUCGACCAGGCAGACCCUCCCGACGACGACAGGGUCAUUCUGGUAGAUCCCACAUAUGACUUUUACACCCCCGGAGUUAAACUUAUGUCAACCGAAAAAAGGAAACCGGGAGAUUCUAGUGAUACCUUUUGGUACGCUCAGGAUGGUAACGGAGGCAUUUGGCUGAUAGACCUGAAUACCGAAGAAGAACCGCAACCGUCUGAGCAACUAUUUGUAUGCCACGGCGGGAAAAUCACCGGUUUAGCCACUUGUCCGUUCGCCACCUACGUUGCCACCCUGGGUGAACUUGGCACCUUUUACCUGUACAAUUAUGUGACAAAGAGACGGGUGCUUGACCACAAGUUUCCCGCCGGAGGCGUUUCUUUGCUCUGGAUACCACUCGAGAUUGAUCAAACCGGGGAGUUACUGCUUGCGGGGUUUUCCGACGGGCAAGUUCGGGUGCUCUGCAUCAAUAUCCCCGAUAAUUACACGGAUUCCGAUAUAACUUUGAAUAUCCCGCAGGUCAUCAAACCUCACAAUAAACCGGUGACCGCCAUGUCCCUGAACCCACAAGGCACCAUAUUGGUAACGGCCGGGGAGGAUUGCUCAAUUUUCGUUUUUAAAUUAAAUAUACCCGAUCACCAUCAGCUGCUCGUGCCUAUAGGAUAUUUCAAUACUUCCGAUAUCGUUACUUGUAUCGCUUGGCACCCCCAUAUUAUCAACGAGGUACUCGUGGGCUGUAUCCAUGGAGAAAUGAUGCAAAUUGAAUUGCCCUCCGAAGAGCAGUCCUAUACUAGCAUUUCGUUUAAUUUAUAUUUGACCGCCCGAUAUAACGUCUUCAAGUCGUACAAGUCGCAGAUCAAGAGGGACAUAAAAAUACGCGAAAUCGAGGAGAGGAAAGAGAAAAAGGUGGCGAAAAAGAGAAUCGAAAUGGAACAGAUAAAGAAAGAGAAUCCGGGCCUGGAGAUUGACGAAGAGACGUUUCUAGCCGACUCGGAAAGCGAAGAAGUACUGGAACCGCUCUUCUUCCCGGAGGUGCCCAACGCGAUCAUUUGGCUCAAGUACACCACUAGGGACACCAUAUGGUUAUCGAUGGCCGGUUAUGACGCGGGAUACAUUUACGAGUACCAUAUCGAUCAAAAAGACGACGUUCCUGUAUAUUUUCGGCAGUUGGACGGCGCAAAUGACAUGGAAGUGAACACCUAUAUUUAUACGCAUAACGGUGAAUAUUUAAUAUUCGCGAUGCAAGACGGCAGUAUACGGGUCAAUAAAGUUAAUCCCGAGGACUACACUGAUCUGAGCGAUUAUUUUACGAUUUCGAUGCACGAUAAUCAAAACGGUUUCGUGCCGAUGCUGUGCUUCAGCUACGACGAAAAAUACUUAUUUAGCUGCGGCCACGACGGAAACAUUUUCGCCUACCGGUUUUCCCCCAAAGAAUACCAGUACCGUAGGCCGAUGUUUAGGCAAAAAAGGGACGACCACCUCUGUAGCUCGGCACACGACGUGGACACUGUGACCAAACUCAGCUUGGAAGAGGUGAAACUGAAGGCCGAAGACGAUCGGAUUCAGAAGCUGGCCAACGAGCAUAAAAAUAAAAUCAGAGAGAUCUUAAAGAAUCUGAAAGAGCGAUACAAGAAGUUGAUGGUGAGGAACUCCAAGCUGUUGCCAAGUCAGAUUAUUCCUAGAGAAGAACUAGAGCCGGACCAGAGGGUGGCGGACCACGUAAACAAAAUGUUCGCGGACAAGGUGGAAAUUGUCCGUAAAAAACUCGCCUACGACGUGGAAAAAUCGAAAAUUCUAGUCACGAAACUGCAAAAUUAUUUUCUAGGUUCUUGCGACAGACACCCGGUCAAGGUUAAGGGGAUUAACAACCCCGAGUGCGAAAUUCUGACCGUCCGACAACCGAAAACUCCGCCAUGCUUCGACGAUAUGUUGCGACUAGUCGAACAAAAACUGAAAGAGGAAUCUGGCAAAGGCAGGCCCCCGGAAAGGGUGCAGCAGACCCAAAAACCGAUGAUCAGCAAACUGGACAAGAGCGAGUCCCCGCUGGAAUUCUUCAUGUUGAGUUUGUCUCCGUCGGUUUUGGAGUUUCGGUUGGGGCCCAAGCUGACGCGACUGUUAAAAAAGUACCGAAAAAGACGAAUAAAGUGGAAACAAAGGACCAAGGAGUGGGAAGAUUUUUUGGCGCGUAAACCAGUUCCUGGCAAAAAUCACCCUGACGAUGAAAAAUUCCUGAAGGAAGCUAAAGAGUCCUUUGGCGAUUAUAAAUUGAAAGAGAGUCCCACGUAUAAGGUCGCUUUGGAGGAUCGGGAAACUACGGUGAAACAUUACAAGAAAUUAUUGGAGACGCGUCUGAAGCAAUUCACUAUUCGGCACGAGUUUAUCGAAAAAGUCUAUGAUAUUCGAGACUACAAAUAUAAACUCCUCGAUAUUUUAAAGAAAAAACAAAUGAGGGUGGAUGAAAUUAACUCGGAGUUACCCGAGGAGUUUAGGCGAAAUGGACCGCCGAUACCGGAAUAUGACCCGAACGAGUUUCCAGAGGAAAAACUACAAGUGAAAGUGGUACUGCCGGAAACGGAGUCGGCCGAUACGGAAGAUUAUGAAGUGAUGCUGAGCACCCAACAGAUCUAUGUGCAGAAACCUAAUCUGGAUCAGUUGGAACGAUUCCUGCUCUCCUCGAAAGGAUAUCCGAAGUUCGUCGAUGGAUUCUUUCAAAGUUCGAUUCCGAGCGAGGAAGUAGGGAGGGUCGCGGACAUGACUUACGAAGAAUUGAUUUCUUACCCGGAAACCGUCGACACCCCGUUCGAGGCAUGCCUGAGGAGUAUCAGAAUGAAUCGCAUAUACUUCGCGCUACGUCUAACCCUAAGCGAAAUGGACGAUUUAAUCAACGAGUUCAAUAAUCGGAUAAUCGAGACGCGUAAAGAGAGACUCCCGAUCCUAAUUCGGGGGAAUUUUAUCGACAUUUACAUCGUAUGCGUGAACGAGGAAUUGCAGAUUUUAAAAAGUAGCGAAGAACAAGAGGACAAACUCUCCCAAGCGGUCAAUAAUAAGCUAAGUGCGGUCCAUGAACUGGAGGAUGUCGAGGACUAUUUGAAGGCCGACAAGCUGAACCAAGAAAUUAAGCUGGAAAACUUGAAAAUCGAAGAGAACAAAAUCCAGGAGAAGUUUAAAGUUGCGGUGGAGAACAACAAGUUCUACGAUUUCCUGAAGAAGGUUUUCAAGAAGAAAUACAAACCGCCCAAGGUCAAAACCGACGAUGAAAGUUCCUCCUCUUCGUCCUCCAGCUCUGAUGAGAGCGACUAUGGAGACGACACGGGCAGCAUCGACUCCAGAGAUUUUGGUUUCAUUAAACAGGAUUUGAACGUUUGUCCCAAGGGAUGCGAUCCUGUAUUAUAUAAUUUCACCGUUGAUUUAAGAUCGAAAAGACACGAACUGGAACAAACCGAGCGAGAAGAACAACGAAUCCUGGAACUGACCAAGAAGGAAAUCGAAGUGGCCCAAAGAAAAAUGGUGAUUUUGAGCCGUAAUUACGACCAGGAAAGAGAAAAACUGGAACAGUUCAGAAGGGAGAAGCAAACUAAACUGAAUACAGUGAAAUGCACGAUCGUGCUAACUCUGGACCAGAUUUACUGCGAAACCGAUAAAAUAACCGAGGACAUGCUCAUAUCGAACUUUCUGGUGUUCUCUCGCUCCAAGUUGACCAGCCUGUACAAUCGCGUUACUCUUUUACACAACGACGCCUUAACCGAACAAGGAAAACACGAUACCUACCUAAAACACCUGAUCCGCAUGAAAAAGGACAUCCUUUACAUGAAACGCAAGGUAAAGUACCUCAAGAAGGAGAUAGUGAGCCUGCUGAAAAUCAAGUUUGGCAAAGUGGUGGAUAUAAACGAGCUGGAGAGCGCCGUGUUGCAGAAGAACUUCCAAAAGAGUUACGUGAACGAGUUGGAGGAGGUGGUGCUCAAAAAGCUGGUGUACGAGUUGAGAAUUAAAAUGACGGACGUGCGUGGGAUUUAUAUUGAUGAAUUAAAACGUUGGCAGAGAAAGAUCGUUACCAGCCAGUACCGACUGGCAAAAGAGAUAAAAGAAAACACAAAACGUUUGGAACUGCUGGCGGUCAUAAGUAAGGAAAAGAAAGACAUUGCCCGGUUCGUGGACGCCCAGGAUAAAAAGAGAGAGCGGAUAGAGCACAUGGAAACGAUCCAUAAAGGAUUCGUAAAGGACCUUGAAAAACUGAAAGACAUUACAAAUGAGCAAGCGCGAACCAUAUUAGACUUAAAUGAAGAAAUCAAGAUGUUGAAGACUAAGGGAAUGGCCCAAGAAGUGCGUCAUCACAAGGAACGUGUUGCCGAAUACGAACGUUUAAGGGCAGAAGAAGAAUCUAGGGCAGAACAGGAAGAACAAGCCAGACAUUGGGUGGACUAUGACGAGUAUGUCACCAGUGAUGCAGAAGAAGAUGAAGAGGAAUAUGAACAAGUAAAGAAGGAAAUCUCUAUUCCUGGAUAUUAUUCUCAGGAGAGUGCCGACCUGAUCCACGAACUCUUGGAACAACUACUGACUGAUGUGGAUGAAACCGUUAUAAAAAAGAGCAAAGAGGAGCUGGUCACUUCGAUACUAAGCGGCAUAUUGAAGUGCGUCAGCGUGCACGAUUACAUACAAGAAAUCAUCGAUAAUUUACCGAUCGACGAGUUGAAUGAGCAGCAACGUAGCAGCAUCGAAUUGGUUGCCGAACGGUUGUUUUCUAUAAACGAACUGACCGACAGCGAGGACAGCAUGACCAGAUGCACCAAAGAAAUCCUAAACGAGAUUUUAUCAGAAGUGAUGAUCCAUGAUCCCCACUAUUUGAUACCGAAGAUCGUGGAGAGAUUGUUGGACACUUUGCCGGUGGAUUUUGUUGCUUCGGAUGCGUCAGUUGACGCUAUAGCGAAUUCUGUACAUGAAAUUGUAUCGAAGGCCGAGCUAGAUCCAGAAGAAUUCUCCAAAUCCCUGGACAGACUACCGAUAGCUGACAGACAAGUAAUAGUCGACAUCAUGAAGUCCAUAUUGGAAAAAGUGUACGGCACCGGAAUGGAUUACCUUUUUGUCAUUAAUAAGCCAUAAGUGUUUUAACGUUUAACAUUAUUUAAUAAACAACAUUGUUCUGUGCUCACAAA